GAAAGAAAGAAGCAUGGAGACAGGCGAUGGGAGUUUGUGCGCUUGAAUGUCACCGAUAGAUAGUAAAUACAACUCUGCGUUAUCUAACUUCCAUAUUCAAGUAUUUCAGUCACCACCAGAACGUUUGACAGAAUGCCUCGAGUGAAUCUCACGUGAGAUUCGCCUUUUGGUGGUAACAUUGGUAACAAACGAUGGUAACAUUUCACAUGGACAGCUGUAGUUGUUAUAGCUUCUACCGAGAAUAGGGUCUACACAUAACCUUGCUAUCUAUCUACAUACAAUGGGCAGAGCCUAUCAGCUAUGUAACAUUUGUUGUGAUUUGCUUUGAAUCAUAAUGUUGCCAUGCUCUUGGGGAUUGUGGAGAAGCGCUAUUCACACCCUCAAGACAUUCAGCAGAGCAUCUCCAUCAGCGAGGGGCCUGUGUAUCCCGACCAGAGCGGUAUGUGAUGCUGAGACCAUCUUUGCCCUGUCGUCGGGCCACGGCAGAUGUGGUGUGGCGGUGGUCCGUGUCAGUGGUCCUGCCUCCUCCAUGGUUCUGAGAAACAUGGCAGGUCUGACCCAGGCUCUACCCCCUCCUCGUACCGCCCUGCUACGGAGGAUCACUGACCCCCAGUCCAAAGAGCUGCUGGACCGAGGACUGGUCCUCUGGUUCAAAGGUCCCCACAGCUUCACAGGGGAAGACAGUGCAGAGUUUCAUAUUCACGGAGGUCCUGCAGUCAUCACAGCUGUCUUACAAGCCCUAGGAAGCAUGGAGGGUGUGAGGCCUGCGGAGGCAGGGGAGUUCACGCGGAGGGCCUUCCACGCGGGGAAACUGGGCUUGACGGAGGUGGAGGGCCUGGGGGACUUGAUCCACGCUGAGACUGAGGCCCAGAGGAGGCAGGCCCUCAGGCAGAUGGAUGGGGAGCUGGGCCGCCUCUACCAGGACUGGAGUUACAGGCUCAAACGGUGUUUGGCUCACGUGGAAGCCUUCAUAGACUUCAGUGAAGAUGAGCUCAUCGAGGACGGGGUGUUAAAUCAAGUGGACAGUUCAGUGCGCCAGCUGGAGACAGAGAUAGAGAGACACCUAAAGGACGAGAGGAGAGGAGAGCGGCUGCGCACCGGAGUACAGGUGGUGAUAGCAGGAGCUACCAAUGCUGGGAAGAGCAGUCUGCUCAACACGCUCUGCCAGCGUCCAGCAGCCAUCGUGUCCCCCAUCGCGGGCACCACCAGGGACAUUGUGGAAACCUCUCUGGACAUUGGGGGCUUCCCUGUCCUCCUGAGUGACACCGCAGGGCUCAGAGACUCCUCGGACAGCGUGGAGAGAGAGGGGGUCCGUAGAGCCCGCCAGAGGGUGGAGCAGGCUGAUCUGACCCUAGUAGUGGUGGACUCCACCCAGCUACCCCCAGACCCUCAUCUAGUAGCAGCCUUCCUCCAGGAGCACCUCAGCACUGUGCUGCCCAGCCCUGAUGCCGGCAUGACGGCUGCCUCAGACAGGGUCCUGCUGGUGCUCAACAAGAGUGAUCUGGUACCUGAGGGGCAGAGGGAACGAACAGAGGGAGAGCUGAGAGAGAGACCGGGUCUCCCUCCUGCAUGUUUUCUGUCCUGCUCUACCAGUACAGGCCUGGAGGAUUUCCUCACUGUGCUGCAGAGCAGGGUCAGGACUCUGUGUGGCGACCCUCUGAGCGGAGCUCCCAGUCUGACCCAGGCCCGUCACAGAGCCCACCUCCAGCAGAGUGUCCAGGCCCUGAACCAGUACCACCAGUACAGAGACCAAGACCUGGCCCUGGCCGCAGAGGGGGUCCGCCUCGCCCUCACCCACCUGGGACGCAUUACAGGACGGGUCGGAGCCGAGGAGAUCCUGGACAUCAUAUUCAGAGACUUCUGUAUAGGGAAAUGAAUGGUUGAACGUGGAUACAUCUCAUGCAGAAAGGACUCUAGAUCACAUGACUCUCACACUAGAUCACAUGACUCUCACACUAGAUCACGUGACUCUCACACUAGAUCACGUGACUCUCACACUAGAUCACGUGACUCUCACACUAGAUCACAUGACUCUCACACUAGAUCACAUGACUCUCACACUAGAUCACGUGACUCUCACACUAGAUCACAUGACUCUCACACUAGAUCACGUGACUCUCACACUAGAUCACAUGACUCUCACACUAGAUCACAUGACUCUCACACGAGAUCACGUGACUCUCACACUAGAUCACAUGACUCUCACACUAGAUCACAUGACUCUCACACUAGAUCACAUGACUCUCACACUAGAUCACGUGACUCUCACACUAGAUCACGUGACUCUCACACUAGAUCACAUGACUCUCACACUAGAUCACAUGACUCUCACACUAGAUCACGUGACUCUCACACUAGAUCACGUGACUCUCACACUAGAUCACAUGACUCUCACACUAGAUCACAUGACUCUCACACUAGAUCACGUGACUCUCACACUAGAUCACGUGACAGGGUGGAACACUAACACAGACUUUAAGUGUAGUUAUUCUAGCAAUAUACCAAAAUCUCAACUCUGGAUCUCAACUCUUGCCAGACUGAAGAAGUGUAAACAUCUUAGCAGAUCAUCUGUGACUCUCUACUGAGUCACUGUUUGAGUCAUCAUCACUCUGUGUUCUGUGGGAAAUAAACGGUUUGGUAGGCGAUCAUCUCUGUGUUCUGUCGGAAAGAGACAGUUUGGUAGGCGAUCAUCUCUGUGUCUGUCGGAAAGAGACAGUUUGGUAGGCGAUCAUCUCUGUGUUCUGUCGGAAAGAGACAGUUUGGUAGGCGACCAUCUAUGUGUUCUGUGGGAAAGAGACAGUUUGGUAGGCGAUCAUCUCUGUUCUGUGGGAAAAAGACGGUUUAGUAGGCGAUCAUCUCUGUGUUCUGUGGGAAAGAGACAGUUUGGUAGGCGAUCAUCUCUGUUCUGUGGGAAAAAGACGGUUUAGUAGGCGAUCAUCUCUGUGUUCUGUGGGAAAAAGACAGUUUGGUAGGCGAUCAUCUCUGUGUUCUGUGGGAAAGAGACAGUUUGGUAGGCGAUCAUCUCUGUUCUGUGGGAAAAAGACGGUUUGGUAGGCGAUCAUCUCUGUUCUGUGGGAAAAAGACGGUUUGGUAGGCGAUCAUCUCUGUGUUCUGUGGGAAAAAGACAGUUUGGUAGGCGAUCAUCUCUGUUCUGUGGGAAAAAGACGGUUUGGUAGGCGAUCAUCUCUGUUAAGUGGGAAAAAGACGGUUUGGUAGGCGAUCAUCUCUGUUAAGUGGGAAAAAGACAGUUUGGUAGGCGAUCAUCUCUGUUCUGUGGGAAAAAGACAGUUUGGUAGGCAAUCAUCUCUGUUCUGUGGGAAAGAGACAGUUUGGUAGGCGAUCAUCUCUGUGUUCUGUCGGAAAGAGACAGUUUGGUAGGCGAUCAUCUCUGUGUUCUGUGGGAAAGAGACAGUUUGGUAGGCGAUCAUCUCUGUGUUCUGUGGGAAAGAGACAGUUUGGUAGGCGAUCAUCUCUGUUCUGUGGGAAAAAGACGGUUUAGUAGGCGAUCAUCUCUGUGUUCUGUGGGAAAGAGACAGUUUGGUAGAUCAUCUCUGUUCUGUGGGAAAAAGACGGUUUAGUAGGCGAUCAUCUCUGUGUUCUGUGGGAAAAAGACGGUUUGGUAGGCGAUCAUCUCUGUUCUGUGGGAAAAAGACGGUUUGGUAGGCGAUCAUCUCUGUGUUCUGUGGGAAAAAGACAGUUUGGUAGGCGAUCAUCUCUGUUCUGUGGGAAAAAGACGGUUUGGUAGGCGAUCAUCUCUGUUAAGUGGGAAAAAGACGGUUUGGUAAGCGAUCAUCUCUGUUAAGUGGGAAAAAGACGGUUUGGUAGGCGAUCAUCUCUGUUAAGUGGGAAAAAGACGGUUUGGUAGGCGAUCAUCUCUGUUCUGUGGGAAAGAGACGGUUUGGUAGGCGAUCAUCUCUGUGUUCUGUGGGAAAGAGACAGUUUGGUAGGCGAUCAUCUCUGUUCUGUGGGAAAAAGAUGGUUUGGUAGGCGAUCAUCUCUGUUCUGUGGGAAAAAGAUGGUUUGGUAGGCGAUCAUCUCUGUUCUGUGGGAAAAAGACGGUUUGGUAGGCGAUCAUCUCUGUUCUGUGGGUAAGAGACAGUUUGGUAGGCGAUCAUCUCUGUUCUAUGGGAAAGAGACAGUUUGGUAGGCGAUCAUCUCUGUUCUGUGGGAAAGAGACAGUUUGGUAGGCGAUCAUCUCUGUUCUAUGGGAAAGAGACAGUUUGGUAGGCGAUCAUCUCUGUUCUAUGGGAAAGAGACAGUUUGGUAGGUGAUCAUCUCUGUUCUGUGGGAAAGAGACAGUUUGGUAGGCGAUCAUCUCUGUUCUAUGGGAAAGAGACAGUUUGGUAGGCGAUCAUCUCUGUUCUAUGGGAAAGAGACAGUUUGGUAGGCGAUCAUCUCUGUUCUGUGGGAAAGAGACAGUUUGGUAGGCGAUCAUCUCUGUUCUAUGGGAAAGAGACAGUUUGGUAGGCGAUCAUCUCUGUUCUAUGGGAAAGAGACAGUUUGGUAGGCGAUCAUCUCUGUUCUAUGGGAAAGAGACAGUUUGGUAGGCGAUCAUCUCUGUUCUAUGGGAAAGAGACAGUUUGGUAGGCGAUCAUCUCUGUUCUGUGGGAAAGAGACAGUUUGGUAGGCGAUCAUCUCUGCGCCCUUUGUUCCCUCUCUCCAUCUGGCCUUGAUUAAAUAUUUAUGUUUCCUCGCUGAACUCCUCACCCCUCUUCCCCAGUUUAUUCCUUCUCACCCAGGUCUCUGUCACAUAGGCAGUGCUCGGCCGUACACGCACACACCGUGCGUGUACGACUGUGUGACAGUCUCUCUGUCACGCAGUCUCUCUGUCACGCAGUCUCUCUGUCACGCAGUCUCUCUGUCACGCAGUCUCUCUCACACAGUCUCUCUGUCACGCAGUCUCUCUGUCA